AUGACAGCUGGGCUCGUCUUUGUCUGGGUGCAUAAAUUAAUACAAGCAGAUGUCGUAAGGAUGAUGUAUACGCUUGGUUGUAAAUAUGUAGAAAAUUUGGUAUGGUUCAAGAAAUCGAUCAAUAACGUACAACUGGAUCAACCAAGCCCAUACUUCAGUUCGGCAAAAGAGAUCCUGCUCAUGUUUAAAAAGGGUGAUGGCUUUGAACUUCGACAUCAACGAUCUCCGGAUGUUAUCAUCGAUUUUGAGCUGCCUCGCAGUCAAUGGAUCGACCAAGAAUUCACGGAACCGAAACCAACGGCUGUUUAUGACAUGAUCGAAACCCUCCUUCCCAAAGCAGGCUACGAUGAAGCAUUAAAGAGAGGUCGCCUUCUAGAAUUAUGGGCCAAGAAGGCAUCUCCCAGGCGCGAAGGAUGGGUCGCAUUCCAUCAACGAAAAAAUACCACUGUAUCAAACACCCAAAUAUCGUGGCCCAACGAUUGCAUUCAUGUUGAUGAUAUUUAA